AUUUUCUUUAACGAUCUAGAAUUAUCACAAUAGACUCAUUUUAUGGCGUACACGUCAUUGUUAUAUUGUUGUGUUUCUUACGGCCUUUUAAAGGAUUCUCAGAACCGAUACACUCGUUAGUCGCACUGUUUGAACAGUUGUAUGAAAAACAAAGUAAUACUUAAGUGAAGUACGAAUGCACAAAUUUUCAGUAUAGUUCCGAACGUUUUUGGUGUGACUGAUCAUUUACGAUGAUGGGGAACACGUUAUUUUUUAUGAUCGCUUUCAUUGCAGCGUCCACGAACGCCAACUUCGCUUGGAGUUCCGCUGGAUCAAGGGAGGAUCAUAAGUUUCCAAUAUUUCCAACAUUUCCAACCUUUCCUCACUUUCCGAAGCUUAAUUUUCCACCAUUCCCCUCCUUCCCCCCAUUCCCAACUUUCCCCAACCUGCCAUCAGUCGUAAUACCAUCGAAGCAUGACCUUAUCAACAACGAUAAUCCCAACUUCAGCGGUAUCCUCGUUAGUUCAUCCAGCUCAUCUAGCCUUGGACCGGACGGUAAAGUGCGUAAAUCUGGCGGUACCACCGUCUUCACCAAUGACGGUGGUGUCGUUAAGGAAUAUUCCAUCGGAGAUAACCCACCAGAUCUGUCGGUAAGCAAAAAGUAGACGACAGAUAAAAAAAACAAUAGUAUAAAUAUAAAUCUCCGUUACAAUUAUAGUUUACAGUCUCCGCAAAUAUUCGCACCUCAGAUCCCUCAAUGGGAACCGAUGCUGCCGCUGAUUCCCGAUCACCAACUUCUGAGGUCUUAUAAACCAACAGAGAAUAACCAACAUUUCUUUGGAACAUCCUCAAACUCAUUCCUACAGUCGAGCAGCGUUAAUGGAGUCAAAAGUAACUUCGGUGGUAGCAACAUCAUAAGUAAUAUUGAUGGUGUUUUGACAGAAAAGAA